GGCGCGGCGGCGGCUGAGGCGGCGGGGGCAGGGCCGGGAGGGCUUGGGGGAUGGAUCUGGCGCGGUGGCUGCGGCAGCAGCGGGGGCCUGAGCUCUGGAGACAGCGCUGCGGGAAGGCGGCUGCCCUCCGCUGCCUGCCGCUGGUGUUACCCUCUGGAGAAGAGGUACCUACAGUCAGCUCUUUCUGCAGAUGCUGAUGCUUGUUGAGCAGCUGGUCACAGGAUUUGGAAGACACAGUGUCCAUCCUCCCAAAUCGGAUCUCUUUUUAUAAGGAUCAUCUAUUUCUAUGUCUUUUUUUAAAAAAGAACUUUCUGAGAAACAUUUUGGAUUACAACUGUUUGUUCUCAUCUAUGCAAAGAAAGGAAGACUGUUCCUUGGAUUUUAAGGAGCUUUUCCUAAAGGAUUCCUGUGUACGCUAGAGGGUUUGAGGAGCAGCAGCAAAGAUAGUCAUGAAGCCUCCGUCUCACAGCUGCAUGCAUAGUCACUGUUGAAGCAAAUGCCUACCUAAUUUGAUGGUCUUGGUGUGUUUAAAAAUUUUUGAGUUUGCAAAUAAGCCUGUUAAAUCUACUGAUGGAGCCUUCGGGCAGUGAACAGUUAUAUGAGGAUCCAGAUCCUGGAGGCAGAUCCCAAGAUGCAGAGGCCAGGAAGCAGACAGAAUCAGAACAAAAGUUAUCUAAGAUGACCCACAAUGCUUUGGAGAACAUUAAUGUGAUUGGCCAAGGCUUGAAGCACCUCUUCCAGCACCAGCGCAGGAGGUCAUCAGUGUCUCCACACGAUGUUCAGCAGAUUCAGGCCGAUCCAGAACCUGACGUGGAUCUGGAUAGCCAGAAUGCAAGUGCUGAGAUUGAUGGUGUCCCCACCCACCCUACAGCUUUGAAUCGAGUUCUGCAGCAGAUCCGAGUGCCACCCAAGAUGAAGAGAGGGACCAGCUUGCAUAGUAGGCGGGGCAAGCCAGAAGCCCCAAAGGGGAGUCCCCAGAUCAACAGGAAAUCUGGCCAGGAGAUGGCAGCUGUGGCCCAGACAGGCCGGCCCCGGUCUUCUUCCACAACAGACGCUCCUACCAGUUCCACAAUGAUGGAUAUAGCCUGCGCAGCAGCUGCUUGUGUUCCAGGGGAAGAGACAUCUAUAGAACGGAUUGAGCGGUUGGAAGUAAGCAGCCUCGCCCAAACUUCCAGUGCAGUGGCCUCCAGCACUGAUGGCAGCAUCCACACUGAGCCUGCAGAUGGCAUCCCUGACCCUCAGCGCACGAAGGCAGCCAUUGCCCACUUGCAGCAGAAGAUUUUGAAGCUUACGGAGCAGAUUAAGAUUGCACAGACAGCCCGGGAUGACAACGUCGCUGAGUACCUGAAGCUUGCCAACAGCGCUGACAAGCAACAGGCUGCACGCAUCAAGCAGGUCUUCGAGAAGAAGAACCAGAAGUCUGCCCAGACCAUCCUCCAGCUACAGAAGAAGCUUGAGCACUACCAUCGAAAGCUACGAGAGGUAGAGCAAAAUGGGAUUCCUCGGCAGCCAAAGGAUGUCUUCAGGGACAUGCACCAAGGCCUGAAGGACGUGGGAGCCAAGGUGACUGGCUUCAGUGAAGGCGUGGUGGACAGUGUCAAAGGCGGCUUCUCUAGCUUCUCCCAGGCCACCCACUCAGCAGCUGGGGCCGUGGUCUCCAAGCCCAGGGAGAUUGCCUCGCUGAUUCGGAAUAAAUUUGGCAGUGCGGACAACAUUCCUAACCUGAAGGACUCUCUGGAGGAAGGCCAAGUAGAGGACGGGACAAAAGUUUUGGGGGUGAUUUCAAACUUUCAGUCCAGCCCAAAGUAUGGUAGUGAGGAAGACUGCUCUAGUGCCACGUCAGGCUCAGUGGGGGCCAAUAGCACCACGGGGGGCAUAGCUGUGGGGGCGUCUAGCUCCAAGACCAACACCCUUGACAUGCAGAGCUCGGGGUUUGAUGCACUGCUCCAUGAAGUCCAGGAGAUUCGAGAGACCCAGGCCAGACUGGAGGAGUCCUUCGAGACCCUCAAAGAGCACUACCAGAGGGACUACUCAUUAAUAAUGCAGACCCUGCAGGAGGAGCGCUACAGAUGUGAACGAUUAGAAGAACAACUAAAUGACCUAACAGAACUCCACCAGAAUGAAAUCUUGAACUUGAAGCAGGAGUUGGCCAGUAUGGAAGAGAAAAUUGCCUAUCAGUCUUAUGAACGGGCCCGGGAUAUCCAGGAGGCCCUGGAGGCAUGCCAGACCCGCAUCUCCAAGAUGGAGCUGCAGCAGCAGCAGCAGCAGGUGGUACAGCUAGAGGGGCUGGAGAACGCUACUGCGCGCAACCUGUUGGGCAAGCUCAUCAACAUCCUCCUGGCUGUCAUGGCCGUGCUCCUGGUCUUUGUGUCCACAGUGGCCAACUGCGUGGUCCCACUCAUGAAGACACGCAACAGGACGUUCAGCACUUUAUUCCUCGUGGUUUUCGUUGCCUUUCUCUGGAAGCAUUGGGACGCCCUCUUCAGCUACGUGGAACGAUUCUUCUCGCCCCCUAGAUGAUGCUGCCCAACACAGUGAUCCUGCCCACGGUGCACAUGGAGAGCAAGACAGCGGCCAGCCUGCUCAGGAGCCCCUGCAGCAGCGGAAGAGUUGAGUGAAUCUGUUUACAUUUAGAAUAAUGUUUUUUUCUUCAAGAGACGCAAUUGCAAUAGUAUUUUUUAGAUUUUAUCCAAGAACUUUUUUUGGGCGAAAAUCUUGGAUCAUUUUUAUGUAGCAUGAUUUCCUUGGGAUGCAAUCUUAAACAGUCCUUUAACAUGAACCCACAGUCAGGGCACCAUGAAGGGCAUUCAGAAUCGUGGCUUGAAGGACUGUACUCAGACUCCUGAAGAGAUAUGGAACCAGGCAGCACAGCAGUUACAACACCCUCCCUGCCCAGGCCCACUCCACGCCCAGGCUGACUACUGUGAAAUCUGACCACAUUCCAGGUCUGAAUGCUUGGAUCCAGGGUGAAAGGACACACACGUUCCCUGACUUCUCGCCCCAGUUGGCUACUGGUGCAAACCCUGGACACAUGCUCGCUGGUAAACACGGGCCCUGACCCUGCCAGGAGCCAUGAGGAGCCCAGAAGGACCCUGCACAGUCUGCAGUGUUGUGAAGUGGCCCUCUAAAUCCUUCGUUUUAAGCAAAAUCCCUUGGCCACACUUUUAAGGUUUUUUUUAUAUGUGUAUAGUUACCAACUUAAAAAUAAAAACCUGAACCGCAUACUUGAAGAAUGUAAUACUCAAACUCUCAGUGCUUCCUUAUGGUUUCUAAUAGGAUUUUUAUUAUUGUUAUUAUUAUUAUUAUUGGGUUUUUUUGGAAAGGGUUGGGAAGGUCUUUUAUUUUUCCUUUGAAAUAAAGAAGUGCUGUUUUUAAAUGAAGAUGUGUGAAUAUGUAAGUGUGCUGCCCCUCCUGUCCAGGACAGUUCAGGGAGAGCCUUGUUGUCCACACUGCCCUCUGCAGCCCCUGGCUCCAGAUCCAGCUUGCACUUCCUUCUCUGGCUGCUGCUGCUUUCUGGUGUCCUGCUGCCCCCACACAGCCACUUCCUGGGCGUGGCUUGUUUGGAGAGGCAAGAGGUAUUCAGGGAGAGGGGACUCUUUCUGCAGACCAGUGUGGUAGGGCUGGGACUGUGCUGCCCAGGUAAACGUUCCUCUGAUGACCUUGGGCUAGGAGUGUCAUUAGGAGAAAUCGAGACUGUGUUAUGAGGGACAUAAGUAAUUCCUCGUAUGCCCUUAAUUUAUUAACACCCCAAAUUACCAAAACCAAAGCGACAUGGAGUCUUCUGUCUGCAUUCUGGCCCCAGCACCCUCAUCGCAAAGCUUUAUUCUGUUUGCCUAAGAGAAUCAACUAAAGGGGAUUCUCCUGAAGAACAGAAAAGGAAAUGUCAGGUUAGAAGGACCCAGAUUGUGAGUGUGAAAUGUUGCCAGCUUCCUCCUAAUCAAGACAGACUUACUACCCUAACCCCGCUCAGUGGACUUUUUAUAGGCAGUAUAGAAAAUGAGCUGAGCCUUCUUCCCCACCCUGUAGCCAGCUCCAUCGACAUGGUGGAAUUUAAACUUUUAGAGCUUAUCUGGUUAGUCUUUCCCUAUUACCCUUAGUGUUGAGUCACAAAUGCUCUUCCUUCACAGCCUGGUUGUUUACAGCCUGGUUGUUUGCAGCCAUGUGACGCGCAGGGGCGCAUACUCUUACCAAGCCGAGCUUACUUUGCCUGUUCCCCAUGCCAGGACAGCUCUGGACUAGGUCAGCUGCCUGCCUGUCAGGACAGCUGACAUGACAGCUGCAGCCUCCUUGUGCUGUGGUGGGCUGGCCUUCUCAGCUAGCAUAUUGUCCCCAUAACCAUGUUGACGCUUAACUCAGGUACCCCAAUCCUCACCCGUCACCUCAUAGCACCCAGAGCAGGGACCAUAGGGGUGUGAUUUCUUCAAAAGGUGUUCAUGCCAAAACCAAACUGUCCCGGAGCCUGUGUGUUUCACAUGUUAACUUUGCCUGAAGAUACCGCAGUGACCAUAACAGGAGUACCAGAGGAUGACUUGACCCUGUCAGUCCAGCAGUUUCUGGUUUAGCUUAAUUGCUCAGAGUAGAGAAAGAUGCCGGCCAAGCUGUUGGAAAGAUGCUGUAGCUGCAGUCAGUUCCCCAAACACAACCUUUGAGGCUCCUGCUUCCCGGAGCUCGCAGGUUCACAGGCGCUAGAUAGAAAUCACAGUGACAGCAGUGAUGUGGUUCCCAUGGACUAAGGACAGUUUUUUCUCUCCAAGGAAGGUUUCACCUCUAGAAAAUCUCCCGGAGCCGUGCCAGACAGGCCAGGCUGAUCCCCUUCUUCCUCAGGCUGUCUUGGGAAGGAUGUCGGUGCAGCUCAGACACACGGUGACUCUCACUCUCAAGUCACCUGAUCACUCACAAGGCCCAGCGUAGUCUGUGUUUAAUGCUUUCUAAAACCCCUGUGUCUGUUUUCAUGCCUGCCCAUCCUUCCCACUGCCCAGCCUGGUUACCUUUGAGUUUCUCUGCAUCGUUCUUGGAUUCUCCCAUCUGUUCAGACCCCUUUUGAUAACUUCAUACUGUGGUCUCAUAUCUGUUUGGAGUGGAAAAUUCUCACUUCAUGCUUCUCUUUUUAAAAAGACAUUGCGCACCCCCUGUGAAAUGAAUCAUUCCUUGAUUGUGCAUCUGUGCUGCUGGUGCCAAGCCAGGUGAGCAAGGCUGGCUGUGUGGUAACUGGGCGUCCACUCAGUGCACCCAACCAGCAAGGAAGGCUUCCUACUCCACUGGCUCCUCACCAUCUAAAUGAAGGUGAAACCUUCCACGUUGUGAGUAGGUCUUCUCUCCUGUGUCCCACAGGGUGAGAUGGACUCCAGGAGGAGUGUGGGAAUCGAGCUUUCCUUGCUGGCCGUGCUUAGCGGAGGGCAUGCCAUGGUGUGGUCUUGAUGGCUUGUGGUUCUGUGUCCAACCACAUGUUUCACUGUGGUGCAGCCAGAAGAAUGCUGGCCUCCACAUGGAUUCUCACAGGGAGCUGCCCUUCAGCCUUGGGAAAUAGACAUCCAGAACCAGAACCAACAUUAGGAUCGACAAGCCGGCACAGACAAAAACAUGGUUCCUACACUACCACCCCCACCAAAUCCUGGGAUUUCAAGUGUGGCUCUGAGAGUUUUAACAUUUCUGUGUGUGGUGUAUGCUAGGGCACCCCUCUGUAGGGACUGACUACUAGACUGUGUUUUAUCCAAGUGUGUAAGAAUAAAAACUCACAUGCACGAAUUGGGAGUAUAGAGAUGACAUUUGUGAACGCGUGAACGUUAACACUGUAGUUGAUAGACCUUGAGCUGCUAAUUGUUGAGAGAGAAUUAAAUUUAUGUUCUGUCUGGUUGCUGCUGGUUGUCAGCAGCACUUUUAUUGUACAUACAAAUGAAAAUAAAGACCUCAGCUAUUAA